UUUGUGGAGAAGAAAAACCUCGGGGUUCUUCUGCAACAGCCUCAAAGUUCGGUGGAGAUUUCUCGAAUUAGUAAUAGCCAGGGCUUCAUCUGAGCAUCAAAGACCCUCUCUCCUUUUCUCUUCUCUCUCCUCUUUCUGACGACACCGCCGAUCUCAAAAUUAUUUAGGGCUUUGGGAAAAGGCACUAAAUUUUUCCUCAAAGUUCAUCGCUAUGAAGCUCGAUGUCAAUGCUUUGCGUUACCUCUCCAAGGAUGAUUUUAGGGUUUUAACCGCCGUAGAGAUGGGCAUGAGAAAUCAUGAAAUCGUUCCGGCUGAGCUUGUUGAUCGAAUAGCCGGCCUCAAGCACGGAGGCACGUAUAAGGUGCUGAAGAAUUUGCUCAAGCACAAGCUCGUCCACCAUGAUUCAUCAAAAUAUGAUGGGUUUCGGCUUACCUACUUAGGCUAUGACUUCCUAGCAAUCAAAACUCUCGUAAACCGGGGAGUCUUUUCCGCAGUUGGCCGCCAAAUUGGAGUUGGAAAAGAGUCAGAUAUAUUUGAGGUUGCCACUGAAGACGGGACAAUCAUGGCAAUGAAGCUGCAUAGGUUGGGGAGAAUUUCUUUCAGGGCAGUGAAGUCUAAGCGAGAUUAUCUGAUGCAUCGAAGCAGCUACAAUUGGCUUUACUUGUCACGACUUGCUGCACUGAAGGAAUAUGCCUUUAUGAAGGCUCUAGGAGAGCAUGGAUUUCCUGUUCCAGAAGCUGUGGAUUGUAAUCGGCAUUGCGUGAUAAUGUCCCUAGUUCAGGGUUAUCCAUUGGUCCAAGUGAAAGAGUUGGGAAAUCCUGAUGAAGUGUUUGAUACAAUUAUCAAUCUUGUUGUUCGUCUAGCUGAACAUGGACUUAUCCAUUGCGAUUUCAAUGAAUUCAACAUUAUGGUUUGUGUUCUGUUUCUUAUUUCCAUUUCUCCUCUAUUGUUUAUCACAGUUGAUUUGAUCAGAUGCUCACAUAUUCUCUGAAGUUUUCAUA